ACUAUAUGGACCCAAACAACGUAGACCCAUAAGAACAUUAUACUUUUUUAUUUAUUUGGAUAGCUAACCUGAAAAAGAAAAUUGGAUAAAUACUACAAGUUGCGGAAUCUCUCAACUCUCUUUUCCUCCAUAUAAGGAGCCUAUCUUGGCAUUCGUUUGUAUUCGUAGCUUUGCAUCGAUCCCUUUUCUUUCUCUGAAAUUGUUUCGCAUAAUAUAUAUCUCACGGUUUUUCCUAAAGAAGCUUAAAUAAUACAAAGAUGGCCUCAAGUUCUAUGAGCUCCUCUUGGACGUCUAAGCAAAAUAAGAUAUUCGAAAGGGCUUUAGCCGUUUACGACAAAGACACUCCAGACCGUUGGCAAAACGUGGCCAAAGCCGUCGGGAAUAAAUCGGCAGAGGAAGUCAAACGUCACUACGAUAUUCUCGUUGAAGAUCUCAUGAACAUCGAGCAAGACUUAGUCCCUUUGCCUAAAUACAAGACCGUCGAUGUUGGAAAUAAAUCAAGAGGCAUCAACGAUUACGAUUUGAGGUUAAUGAAGAAUAUGAGGAUCCAGUGAAGUCUGUUACAUUGAAGCAAUAGUGCUAUAAAAGAUUCAGAGCGAUAUAUUUCCUUAUAUCACACACUGAUGAUCAUUGAUCAGAACUUAUCUUUUCAUUGUGCCACGUAAUUACUUAUUUAACCUUAUUUUCACAUCAAAUGAGCCAAAUCAUGUUGCUAUUGUGUUAUUGUUUCUAGUUAUUGAUUAUUAUAUAUUUUUGCCAAUUA